GCUGGUCCCCUGCUGGACGAUCUUCCCACUCGUGUCCAGCGGUUUUCGCCGGUCAGGCUCCUUUGCGCUUUGUGCCGCAGUCCUCUGGCUUGCCAUCACCUGCCUGGGGCAAAUUCUCCCCAACCGCCACUUCCUGCCCCUUGCAGCGCUGCCAGAUUUCUGCCUCGGAGCAGCGGCCGCACGCUACGUGGAGGCACCGGAGGAAACGUUGGGGGAGAAGGUGGAAGCACGGCCGGAUUCCACCGGCCUCAUGCUUGAAAGGGAGCGAGUUGUGGCUGCAGGCCGCGUACCAUGGAGCCUACUCGCUGAUGCCAGUGCUGCCAUCAUCGUGAGCCUCGUGACCUUCGUCCCGGCUAGCUUUAGAAAUGCCUGGGAUGAAGCUGAGCUCUUCCGGGAGGCCUCGGGCUUUGACCAUUUCUUGGCACCCUUGAUCGCAAGCUUCCUGCUCUGCUCCUCGCAAGGUGGGGGCAAGGGUGCUGUUCAGACAGUGCUCAGACAUCAGUCUAUGGCGAGCCUGGGCCACUACAGUCUGUACGUCUACCUCUUCCAGGAGCCGCUCUUCAGGUCUAUCGAAGCCUUCGUUCCCGACCUUGAAGAUUCUGCCGAAGGGUUUGUCUUCUUUGUGCUAUGCCUUUGGCUGAUCUCUGGCCUCUAUGCCGAAAAGGUUGAACCCAUGCUUCUAAAGAUCUCGGUGAGCUCUGCAUCCAGUGACAGUGAGCCCACCGAAAGCACAUCCUGA